UUAUGAAGACAAAAUAGCCACCCGGAAAUACUUACAUUUACUUCCGGAACGAAUCGGGUCUUGACCAGCCAAAUUACCCAAAUGACCACUUCAGCUAAAGUAAUGUCUAAGUUCCGUCUGGCUGUCGUCCAGCUGCAGGUGACCUGCGUCAAAGCGGACAACCUGAGCAGAGCGCGGAGGCUGGUUAAGGAGGCCGCGGGACAGGGCAGCAAAGUGGUGCUGCUACCGGAAUGCUUCAAUUCUCCAUAUGGGACCAACUUCUUCCCCACCUAUGCAGAGCGGAUCCCAGGAGAAUCCACCCAAGUGCUGUCAGAGAUGGCGAAGGAGAAUAAGGUGUAUCUGGUGGGAGGAUCCAUCCCUGAAGAGGAUGGUGGGAAGUUGUAUAACAGCUGUACAGUGUUUGGUCCUGAUGGCGAGAUGAUUCUUAAGCACAGGAAGAUUCACCUGUUUGACAUCGACGUUCCAGGGAAAAUCUGUUUCCAGGAGUCUGAGACGCUGAGCCCCGGGAACACUUUAUCCAUGUUUGACACACCUUUCUGUAAAGUGGGAGUAGGGAUCUGCUACGACAUGAGGUUUGCAGAGCUCGCACAGCUCUACAGCAGGAAAGGCUGUCAACUGCUGGUUUAUCCCGGAGCCUUCAACAUGACUACUGGUCCGGCCCACUGGGAGCUCCUGCAGAGGGGGAGGGCGCUUGAUAACCAGGUGUAUGUAGCCACAGCUUCACCUGCCAGAGAUGAAACCGCUUCUUAUGUGGCCUGGGGUCACAGCACUGUUGUAAACCCAUGGGGAGAAGUCAUCUCUAAAGCUGGAUCAGAGGAAACUGUCAUUUAUGCUGAUAUCGACCUGCAGUAUUUGGCUGACAUCCGGCAGCAGAUCCCCAUCACAUCUCAGCGUCGGGACGAUCUCUACGCAGUGACGUCUGUGCAGGAAGUGUCGGGCUGAAAUCUGCAAAUCUGAGUCCUGUCCUUCAGAUGUGGCUUAAAUGCUAAAAAAAAAAAAUGUGAUUUGAGGAUUGAUUCCUAAUCUUGGAAGACGUUGUACAGUUUGUUCAUCGGACUGGGUUUGUGCUGAUGCUGUGUGUGCAGUGGGAGGAUGGUUGGAGGAGACGGCAGAGCUGAUCCAACUCACUCAUGAGUCGCUCUGUUGGUCCCAGCAUGCACUGCUGUAAAGCGUCCCACUGCUUUUCUUUAAGGUGUUCUGCGGUUGGAUCAGUUACUGUUCUCAUGAGAUUAUUAAUUGUUAUUUUAAUUAAAAAUUAAAUGCUUCCA